GAUGGUGGCGUUGGUACCUUUUGUGGUUCCCAUCGUGGGUGACAAAACCUUGCUGGUGUGGGAGCUGAGCUCUGGACCCACGGCCGAGGCCUUGCAACAUUCUCUGUUCACAGUCUUCUCCCAGUUUGGCCUUCUGUAUUCGGUCCGAGUCUUCCCAAACGCAGCAGUGGCCGGUCCUGUGUUCUAUGACAUCAUCAAGGUUUAUUCAGCAAGGGAUGCCCACAGAGCCCAAAAGGCAUGUGACCAGAAGCAGCUUUUUCAGACAUCUCCAGUGAAGCUUCAGGAUCUUUCUAACCUUGAAGAAAGGGAAAAUGAAGAUAUUGUGACACCACUUCAGAAGCAAAGCCUGAAGUUCUUCUGUGCUUUAGAGGUGGUGUUGCCCUCCCACGAGUGCAGGAGUCCUGGAGUUGGCAUGGCUGAGGAACCUUUGGAUAAGUUGGAGGAAGGGUCAUUAUCAUUCCUUAUGAAAAGGAAGGUAGCCCAGAAGCUUGCUAUUCAGAAGGCUAUGACAGACGCAUUCCGGAAACUGCUGAUUGUGGUUUUAGUUAUCAUGGUGGCGGCAGCAAAACUUGGUACCUCGCUAGCUUGCCAGGGUGCGGAACUGGCUCUGGCUGAGGCCAGGAGGAGGUGA